UUAUUUAACAAACUGAAUAGACUGUUGCUGAAAUUAAGAAAAUAGUUUCUACAAAAUGGUCGGCAACACGAAUAAAACGGACGAUAUGAAGAGCCAGUCACUGGACGAGUUCAAGCUGGAGGCUAUGCGCAGCAUGGGCUGGACAGUGGAUGCCGAUAUACCCAUGGCCAAUGCAGAGAAUCUUGCAAUACUGCAGGAUAUGGUGGGUAUGCGUGCAGAUAAAUUUGAGCUCCAGCAAAAGAUCAUAGCACUGGACGAGCGCAACAAGACCAUUGAACGGCACAAGCGUAACAUCGAGGGCACGCUGCAGCAGAAUAUUACCUUUUUCAACUCGGUGAAGAACGAUGUGCUGAAGGAGGCACAUCGCACGCAGCUUGUUAUACUGGAACGUAAUAAGCUGAAAGAGGACUUGCGCAAGAAUCAAAAAGAGCUGGCUGAGUAUACGGAAUAUGCAGAGCAUACUCAGCUAAAGCUAAACAAGAAUAAAAAAGAAAUCGAUGAGCUGACCAAGCGCAUCAAGACGGCCAAGUCCAGUUUAGUGGAAUGGGCAGAUGCUAUGGAAGACGGGAAUAAGGGCUAUCAACUUAUAGAUGCCUACUACCAGGAUGAUCAGCAAAAAGCGCGCGAGCUAAACACGCGCCGUCAGUUACUCCAAGCGGACAUUGACAAGCGACGCAAGCUAAUUGUUCAGCUAUACGAUGAGCAAAAUACGCUGGAAAAGAAUUUAGAGCGCACGGCCUGUCUGUAUCGCGCGGCGCACUUGGAGCGCCGUCAAAUGGUGGAGACCUGGAAGCAAGCGGUUCAACAGAUGACGCAGCGGGAGCAGGAUAUACAACAUAGCGAAGAGGAGUUAGUGCAGCUGCAAGAGCAUGCGGACGUUAUGGCGGCCAACUAUCGCAUUUGCAACGAAAACCUCAACGAUGUGAUAGAUAACAAUCACAUGGUGGAGCAGGCCAUAGAAGCGCUCAAUGCUGAAACUUCGGAAAUGAAAAAUGAAAUACAACGUCUCAUCGAUGCAUCGUUGCUCAAGGAGCGUGAGAUAUUGGCGCUGCGCCAGGAGCUGGAAAACUUGUCCAACAUGGUGCAUUGUAGGCGUCUGGAAAAUCGCAAGCUGCUGGGCGAGCGCGAUGCCAAGGUAACGGAAAUAGAAAACUUUGAGGCGGUGUUGCAGCAGGUUGAAGCACGCCUCAAGUCAAUGGAAAACAAGGCCAUGGACGCCAAUCAGCGUUUGCAAAUACUGGACGAGAUGAUGGAGGGUGAACAGCAGGCGCUGCUGCAGCUUAACAAGGAGCAGCAACGUUGCAAUGAACUUCUCUAUCGCACCCAGCGACAGCUCAACGAAUUGCAUGAUGAGGAAACCACGUUCAUGGUACAGAACAGCGCGCUACAGUCCACCCUGUUAGCAGUCACACGCAAUCAAAAACUGGUGGAGAACGAGCUCAAGCGCCAAACCGAGAUACACUACAAUCUGUCCUUUAAGUAUCUGCAGGGUGAGCGACGUCUAGCCGAGUUGCGUGGUAAGAUGUUUGAUCCGGAAACGGAAGAACGCAAUCAGGUGAUACUCGCCGAACUGGAGCAACAGUAUACCAAGGUUCAGCGACGCAUGGCCUCCACGGAGGCGCAAAACAAGAAGCUCAACUACAGCAUGAAUGCCAUGGUCCAAGUUUAUAAUCAGGAUGCUAAAGAGCUGGAGGUUGUCAAGUUCAAGAUCAAGGAAGCGCAAGUUUACUGCGAAGGCACCAUCAAACGUGUGCGUCUUACGCGGUACAACAAUUCCGAGCUCAUUGUUGAGCUGAGUCUCAUCAAGAUGCGCUGCUGCGAUCUACAGAAUGUUAUCGAUAGCUGCGACAAGGGCAACUAUGAUCUAAAUCAGCAUCGUCUAGCGUUUCAGCGUGUCAUCAAGGAUCGCUUCGUUGAGCUCAGGAGUCAACAGGAAAUAUUGUUGCUAAAGCGGAAGCAUCUCAAUGAAGAGAUUAGCACACUGCGCGCUGAUCUUGGCGAGCGCAAGAAACAUAUUGCCGCCAUGCGUGCACGUUAUGAGCUCACAGCUGCGCUGCUGGGCGUCAAUGACGAUGGCACCAUCAUUACUGCCACACAGCUGAAAGUGGAGAAUGCCCAGGAGCGUCAGCUGUUGGCUGAUGAGGGUGACGCGCUCAAUAAGAAGGUGCUCAAGGCCGAGAACGAGGUUAUUGCGCUGGAGAAUACGCUGCGUCAAUUCGAUAAGUCAAAUGAUAAAUAUCGUAAAAAUCUAAAAUCUUACGACGACAGCUCUAGAGAUGAACAACGCGCCGAGGAGGAGCUAAAAAAGGUGCAGGAAAGCUACUGCACUGCCUUGCGUAAGUUGAAGGUGCUGCGUUGCAAGGCUCAUCAUUAUGAAACUAAGCAAGAGGAGCAGCGGUUGCAGCAGGAGGAGUUGGUUAAACAGCUUGAGUUGGAUAAACAAAAGGUGGCCGAGGACACGGAGACACUCGCAAAGCUGCAAAAGGAGCUGGAUGAACAGAAAUCAAAAUUAGAUCGCGCCAAUCGAGAGAUAAAUUACCUCAUUAAGGAAAUCAAGCAAAUGCCUAUUAGCGAGGACUAUUUGGCUCAAUUCGAACGUGAGCUAAACCUGCAGGAUCUAGAGACGCGCAACCGAAAGUCCUUAAAUAUACUAGCUGAAAUGGCUACAGCCGAUGAAGAUGGCGCCGAGAUUAUACACUUUAUGCUCCGGAAGGGUCUAAAGCUGCCGCAACAUUUGAAGCCAGCUCGCAGCUGCUUGUCCUUUAAAAGCAUGUCAUCUUCUUCUCAAGACUGCGGCUCUAUUGCCUCAGUGCGAGGCUAUAGCACACGCUCUUCCAUGUCGGAUAUAAGUUUGGGCAAGGAGGACACCAUCUCGGCACGCAUAAGCGUUGUCUCGCUCGAUUUUCCCAACAAAAAGAAAUGAGCUCUGAUAGUUUUAUCUUUUUUGCAACAAUCGACUUGCACUUGCUGUUUUAACAAUAAUCAACAGAUAUACACGUGCCUUUGCCAACGAGAUGUUUACAAAUAAGAGAAACACGUAAAACCAAUACUUGAAAUCAGAACAUUAAAAAUAGAAAACUAAACAGAAUGCUGACUAAAGAGAGCCGUAGCAAAAGGCAGAGAGAGAGAGAGAGAGAAAGACAGUUUGAACUAAUAUAUAUAUAUUA